CAAAUAAUGCAUGGGUUGGAUCAAAGUACGAGAUCGACUGUACAAUGUGUGGUGCCUGUGACAACCCAUGCAACCAAACACCAUCGCCGCCGCCACCUCCCUUUUUAGCACCGCCACCAACAUCUUCCUCCUCCAAUUGUCCUCCACCUCCACCAUCUACGUAUCCAUACUCAUCGCCGCCUCCACCGGGUGGUAUUAUUGGAAGCAGUAGCUAUUACCCCCCUCCGGCGCCGUACAAAAGCUAUCCAACAGGACCAGCCCCACCUCCUCCGAACCCAAUUGUGCCGUACUUCCCAUUUUACUAUUACAGCCCACCACCACCUCUGUCUGGGUCUCGGCCAUUGUCUAGUUCUACGACUUACUUGAUCACUCUGCUUGUCAUUUUCUUCGUAUUUUUGCUCUGA